AUGAACCCAACGGCGAGGCGUGUAGCGUCGCAUAUCUUCCGCAGACCUCACAAUGCAGCCGCUCCAAGAUGCUCAAGAAGAUGGAACUCCUCUACAUUUGAGCAGAGAAAAUGGUCCACGCCGUUAGCCCAGACAUUGGCCAAUGUGAUGAAGGUCACCGGUCCUGUUCCAAUUGCAGCUUUUAUGCGUCAAGUCUUGACUUCUCCUGAUGGCGGAUACUAUACAACACGAGGGGAGGGCGGAGGUGUUUUCGGCAAGAACGGCGAUUUUGUUACUUCACCCGAGAUCUCGCAGGUGUUUGGAGAGUUGAUUGGUAUCUGGACAAUUGCGGAGUGGAUGGCUCAGGGGCGGAAGAAAAGUGGUGUUCAGUUGAUGGAGGUUGGUCCUGGAAAGGGUACUUUGAUGGAUGAUAUGCUGCGGACGUUCCGCAACUUCAGGAUGUUCUCUUCAAGUGUUGAGGCUAUUUAUCUGGUGGAAGCAAGUGCAACCCUCAGAGAGGUGCAGAAGCGGUUGCUCUGCGGUGAACAAGCUGCAAUGGAGGAGACAGAGAUCGGACACAAGAGUGUAUGCAAGUACUUCGACGUACCCGUUGUCUGGGUGGAAGACAUUCGCCUUCUGCCUCAUGAGGAAGGUAAGACACCAUUCAUCUUUGCCCAUGAAUUCUUCGACGCACUCCCAAUUCAUGCCUUUGAGUCUGUUCCGCCAUCUCCCGAAAAUGAGCAGCCAGAUCAGCCACGAAAGAUCAUGACUCCUACCGGCCCAGCAGAACUACACACCCCGCCCAAGGUUGCAAACACACCGCAAUGGCGUGAGCUAAUGGUCACAUUAAAUCCCAAGGCCGUUGAAGAGAACAUCGAAGGAGAACCCGAGUUUCAGUUGACCAAGGCCAAAGCUUCGACGCCCUCAUCUCUGGUGAUCCCAGAAAUAUCUGCACGCUACCGUGCUCUCAAGUCACAGCCUGGAUCAACUAUUGAAAUCAGCCCCGAAAGUCGUAUCUACGCUGCUGACUUCGCACGCCGGAUUGGUGGUGAUUCUGCCUCUGCACUUGCUAUGAAAAAGAACACUGCUCCCAGCACAUCCUCGGCAGACCAGAAGAAGACGCCCUCCGGCGCGGCUUUGAUCAUGGACUAUGGGACACUUUCGACUAUUCCUAUCAACUCACUCCGCGGAAUUAAGAGCCAUGAGAAGGUGGCUCCUCUUUCGGAGCCCGGCCGUGUCGAUGUCAGCGCGGAUGUGGAUUUCACCUCGCUUGCUGAAGCAGCUAUUGAGGGUAGUGAUGGUGUCGAGGUGCAUGGCCCUGUUGAACAGGGUGAUUUCUUGGGUGCCAUGGGCAUCGAAGAGCGUAUGCGCCAGCUCCUUCGCAGUGUGAAAGAUGAGGAAAAGAGAAAGACUCUCGAGACCGGCUGGACAAGGCUGGUUGAGAAGAGUGGUGGCUCAAUGGGUCAGAUCUAUAAGGUUAUGGCCAUUGUGCCUGAGAACGGUGGACAGAGACGACCUGUUGGAUUUGGAGGUGGUGUCCAAAUGCCCUGA